AUGACCUUAUGGCGAAAGUUAAUUAUUUCUACUAUUGGUCAAAAUACCUUUAAGCAAGAGGUUGCCAGGAAAUGUUUACAUAACUACACACAUAAAAAUGUAAACAUAACCUCACAAGCUCUCAAUUUAAAUCCAAUUAAUGUAACUUAUAAUACGGUUAGAUGUAAGACUAAAAAGCAAUAUGAUUCUGACGACGAAGAUAUAAAAUUUGAUGAAGAUUCCUCACUUUCCAAGGAUUCUAAAGUAGUCAAAUUUUCUACCACUUCAAUGAGGGCAGAUGUAAUAUUAAAAUCUGCACUCAGUGUAUCUAGGAAUAAGGUGGAGCAGAUGUUUUAUGAAAGUAAAAUUAGAAUAAACGGAAGGAAAAUUCUUAAGAAAAGUGCUUCUGUCAAAAUAGGUGACGAAGUGGAUGUAAUCAAAAUGGUUAGCCCAAAUAAUUCAGACCAUUUAUAUGUAUCAAGAGUAGAAAUAUUAAAUGUAGCACCAAAGGAAGAGUCUAUUAGUGUAACUGCAAGAAGAUUUAAACAUCUUCUAAUAGAUAACUAUGAGGAUAAUCCACAUAAAUCUGCUGUAGAAAAUCAAUAG